AUGGCUUUUUUUAAAACACCCCGACAAAAGGCUGAUGUCAGCGUUGCUGAUAUCUCCCAGUCCAUGGAGAAUGUCUCCAUCCUUUCGAACGCUAUGGACAUUGACACGUCCUACCGCCUGACACCAAAGAGAGCCUUUGACAAAGAAAACAUCACUCCCUCAAACUCGCCCACAAAGCUGGUUCUCCACACCUCUCCGUAUGGGAAGAAAAACGCACCUCAGACUCCCCAGCAUCAUGACUUGAAACUUCACAACAACAUUUCCCAGCUCCAACCUCGCAACAACUUUUUGCCUCCUGACUUUUACACCAAAGCAAACUCUUCCAAGACGAAACGUCUAGCCUCGGUGGCCCAGCUUUACUUUUUGGACUAUUACUGCGAUAUGUUCGACUAUGUCAUCCUGAGACAGGAGCGCUGCAACAUGGUAGAGCACAGAUUGCUGACCGAUCCAGCGUAUGCGCAGAACCCAAAGAGACAACAGAUGGAAUGGCGCAAUUACGUUGGUAGAGAACGCGCCUUGUUGCGCAAGAGACGCCUUAAGCCCAAGCACAAGGACUUUGAGAUGAUCACACAAGUUGGUCAAGGUGGAUACGGUCAGGUGUUCUUGGCUAGAAAGAAAGACACGCGCGAGGUUUGUGCAUUGAAGAUCUUGAACAAGAAAUUGUUGGUUAAGUUGGAUGAAACUCGCCAUGUUCUCACUGAAAGAGACAUUUUAACCAACACGCGCUCGGAAUGGCUAGUGAAGCUAUUGUACGCGUUCCAGGACGCUGAAAAAGUGUAUUUGGCUAUGGAGUUUGUUCCUGGUGGCGACUUUAGAACAUUGCUUAACAACACUGGCUACUUAAUCCCUCCACAUGCUCGUUUUUACAUUGCAGAAAUGUUCGCUGCCGUUAACUCAUUGCACGAUCUUGGCUUCACCCACAGAGACUUGAAGCCCGAAAACUUUUUGAUUGAUUCCAAGGGCCACAUAAAACUAACGGACUUUGGAUUAGCAGCAGGUACAGUCUCCAAUGAUAGAAUUGAGUCGAUGAGAGUCAAAUUGGCUAAUUUGGAGGACUUGGACCACUACCAAGUACCUUCUAAACUCAUGUAUGAGCGUCAAAAAAUUUUCAAGCAAUCACAAGGUCACCACAACUUGGCCAACUCUAUUGUCGGCUCUCCUGAUUAUAUGGCACUUGAAGUUUUAGAGGGAAAAAACUAUGACUUCACAAUCGACUACUGGUCGCUUGGUUGUAUGUUGUUUGAGGCGCUUUGUGGCUAUCCUCCAUUCAGUGGAUCGAAGCAGGAUGAGACAUACUAUAACUUAAAGAACUGGAAGACAGCUUUAAGAAGACCUCAGACUAGAGAUGGAAGAUAUGUGUUCAGUGACAGAACUUGGCAAUUGAUUAUCAAAUUGAUCGCAUCACCUUCCACCCGUUUGCGCAACUUCAGACAAGUGCAAGCACAGCCAUACUUCUCUGACAUAAACAACUGGGAAGCGUUGAGAAGUAGGACUCCACCUUUCACGCCGCAGUUGGAUAACGAAGAGGAUGCCGGAUACUUUGAUGAUUUUGAGGAUGAGGAAAGUAUGAUGAAGUAUAAGGACGUCUUUGCCAGACAAGAGCAGAACGAGUCACUCUUGGAGAACUCGCAGCUUGGUGGCAAGCGGUUGGGUAACCACAACUUUAUUGGAUUUACGUUCAAACACAAGUCGAAUCCGAACAAUAAAUUCCAAAAUGGUGAGGUUAACCUCUUGGGCACGCCACGGAGCAUCAAUGGGAAGCCCAACAUCUUUGGUUCCAAUCGGUUGGAUCCUUUGGCUACGCUCUACUAA